GCCGCGAUGUUUGUUUGUUUAGGUAAUUAGGUUAGUGGAUAUAAUUUUAAUUGCGGUUUCGCAUAAUGAACUUCAUUAAUAUGUUUUUAAUUUUAUUUAUGAACUCUCUACUUAAAUUCGUAAGUACUGUGGAAUAUGAUGUUAAUGGAUACCUCGUUUAUUGUCCGUGUAUGGGUCGGUUUGGUAACCAAGCGGAUCAUUUCCUAGGGGCAUUGGCCUUUAGCAAAGGUUUGAAUAGAACGUUAAUUCUACCGCCAUGGGUAGAAUAUAGGUAUGGUGAACCUAAGUCAAUACAGGUUCCAUUUGAUACAUAUUUUAGAGUAGAUGCAUUAAAAGAGCACCACAGAGUUAUAACAAUGGAGUUAUUCAUGGAUGAAAUCGCAUCUGAAAUAUGGCCAUCUGACAAGAGAAUAUCAUUUUGUUAUACUCAAAGAAGUGGUGAAGAAGCACACAGUUGCAAUGCAAAAUCAGGAAAUCCCUUUGGACCAUUUUGGGAUAAAUUCAAUAUUGAUUUCAUAGGAUCAGAAUUUUAUGGUCCUUUGAAUUAUGACUUCCAUAACCAAAUAAUGAUGGAAAAAUGGAAACAAAAAUACCCAGCUGGUAAUUGGCCAGUUUUGGCUUUUACGGGUGCUCCAGCAAGUUUCCCUGUUCAAGAAGAAAAUUUAUUUUUACAAAAAUAUUUAAAAUGGAGUGAAGAUAUUGUCUAUAGAACUAAACAGUUUAUCAAGAGAAAUAUGAGUGGUGGUGGAUUUCUAGGAAUUCACUUACGAAAUGGACAGGACUGGGUAAAAGCUUGUCAACAUGUUCCUGAUAGUCCCACACUGUUUGCAGCUCCACAAUGUGUAGGAUACCGCAGUGAAAGAGGUCCACUAACUGUGUCCAUGUGCCUUCCACAUAGAACAGAUAUUAUAAAGCAAAUAAAGAGAGUAUUGAAAAAGCUCAAUGGUACCAAGUAUGUGUUUGUAGCAUCUGAUUCAAAUCAUAUGAUAGAUGAAAUAAACACAGCUGUUCAACGUUUAGGUGUAACUGCCAUCAGACAACAACCUGCAAACCCACAUUUAGAUCUAUCAAUUUUAGCACAAGCCAAUUACUUCAUUGGAAAUUGUGUGUCAUCAUAUACUGCAUUUGUAAAAAGAGAGAGAGAUGUAAAGGGACUACCAUCUGAAUUCUGGUCAUAUCCACAAAGGAAAAAGCAAAAGCAUGAAGAACUUUGAGAACUUUUUGAACUAGAUAGAUUUAUUUAAGACGAGAAAGUACAAUUUUAUGUUUGAUAUGCAUAGAUGAUAUGGUACCAAAAAAGUAUUAUUUUGGAACAUUUAAAGAUAUAUUCAAAUAAAGAAUGACUGGUUUUUUACCUAAA